GCCGGCGAUCGCAGCAUCAGACUACAGGUGGAUUUCAAACAGUGCAUUUGUUUUUGCGUGCGAAACUCUACACACGGAUGAACCUGUCAACUGUCUUCAGACAAUUAUUACGUACAUGCGAGUACAAUCAGAAAAGUAAUACAUAUUUCCGACUUUUAUAUAUUUACAUCAUAUUUUCCAAUGGCUACGAUAGAGGAAAAAUCUUGUCAUGAUGAUACUGAUUGUCCCGAUAAGCAAUAUUGUUAUCAUGUAUCGGAGCGAUGUGUUGACUUUACUCAGUGCAGCAGAUAUAAUAGACAAGAAAAUAGCGAAGGAAGAUCACGACAUCCUUCUCGAUGUGGACCCUGUUUUCCUGGUUACACCGCGGAAAAAUUGAGUACUGGAGAAAUGGCGCUGUUAUGUAGAAAAAUAAAUGCAGAGCAAAGUAUGUCUGAAACAUAUAGAUUGAACAACAAUAUAAUUAUUUAUACAACAUUUGGAAUAUUAACAAUUUUUGGAGUAUUGACUUUACUUAUUAUUAUAUUUUAUAAAAAACGAACAUCAAAACGACAAAAUAAUAAGAUAAAACAAAGCGGAGAACUUCGCGUUAUGGAACCCACUGCUCCUCCUUUAGAAAAUAGUCCUUUCAUCACUUGCAAAAAAAAGUCAUCUCCAGUGCCUUUUAAUAAUAAUAAAAAUUUGAAAGAUAAAAAUAAUCUUGUACGUGCUACUUGUUGUGCACCUCCAUAUAGGGAUCAUACGAAUUUUAAUUAUGAAAACGAUCAAAAUAACGAUAAUGUAACAGAACCAUUGCAUUACAUGUCUAAUCAAUCUAACAAUUGGACUUCAGAACAAUUAACACGUGAAGUUAUAAAUGGAAAUUUAUCUGGAUACGAAGUAGCACAAAUGGAUAAUAUCUUAAACACAACUUUAAUUCAAACAGAUAAUGCUUCUUCAUCUAAUUCUCAAGAAGAUAAUAAUAAUAACAACACUAAUAAUGAUGAUUCAAGAUCUGAAUCAAGUAAUACUCACAAUAAUAGAGAACAUAUACGAAUUUCUAAUAUUUUGAUUUCUCAAAAAAUAUCUAUGAAUGUGAAUUUACUCAAUAAUGAUUCUUGAUUUCAAAAAUAUGCAUAUCAUAAGAUAAUAUGUUAAUUAAGUGCCUCACUUAUAUAAAGCUAUAUUAAAUUUUUUUUUAUAAAAUUAAAUCAAAAAGAUAAUUUUAAUGAAUAUUAAAACAUAUAAAAAUAAUAAAUAUUUUAAUAUACAAUUAAAUAUUCAUUAUUUAGGCCAUAAUAUUUUAGAAUAAUAAUUCAUUUAAAAAAUAAAUAGUAAUUGAUAUUUAAAAUAAUCUGUAAAGUCUAAAGUCUGUACUAGUCAAUAAAUUUUAAUAAUAUUGACUGCUACUAAAAUGAAAUAAUUUUUUUAUUUUUUUAAAUAUAUAUUUGAAAAAUAAUUUUAAAAAUAAUUUUACUUUUCUUUUCAUAUGAAAUGAAAGUUUGUAUUUUUCAAAAUGAUAUAAGAUAUAUCAACAUUAUGGCCUUAUAUACUUCUUAUGUUUUACUUAUUUCAUUUAAUUUUUGUUUUUCUACUUAUUUUUUAUUUUUAAAGAAAUUUAAAGAUUUUAGAAUUUUAUUUAAUGUCAAUAUGAUUGUUUAUAAAUUUUUUCUCUAUUUUUAAGUAUUAAAUGACAAGUUUUUAAUAUUUUUUAUUAAUAAAAUUAUUAAUAAAAAAUAUCAAAUUCUUUUUUAUAUGUUAUUAAAAAUAUUAUAUUAAUCAUUUUAUUUUAAAUAUAUUGCAUGAUAAUUUAAAUUUGAAUUUUGAUUUAUAGAUUGCUCAAUAUUUUGCAAUACUUAUUAAUAAAAUUUAUUUGCUUCUUAUUCUUUAAAAUUAUAUUAUCUGAUUUAUACGUCGAAUAAAAAUUUUUAGCAUAAUUUAAUAAAAAGAAUUUCUAAAAAAGCAAAAUUUUUAUAAACUUCUUAUAUUUUAAAAAUGUAAUACAUUUUGUAUGUUUAUAGAAAAUAUAAAUAUUAUUAGUUACUUAUUUAUAAAAUAUUAAUUAUAAUUAUAUAAAUAUCAACAUAUAUUUUAUUUUUAGUUUUUAUUAUAAUAAGAUAAUAAUUUUUAUUAUGAUUUACAUUCAUUAUAAUUAACAUUUUAUACUCAAAUUACAUACAUUGUCAUAAAUGAAAUACAUCAAAUGAAGUGAAUUUUAAAUAUAUGCAAUCAUUUAUAAAAUACUUCUAUUAUAAUAGAACUUUUAUUUUAAUAAAUAUAUAAUUUGAUAAAAAAU